UGAGAAUGAAUAGAGAGAGCGAGAGGGCAUGAAGAAAUUCCUUUCUUUAACUCAUCGCCAUCACUGAAAAUCUACUUCUUCAUAAUCUCUGUUUGUGUCGGUUGGUAACAGAGAAAAAGAAACCAAAAAGGCAAGGGGAACAAGAGAGGAACAUGCUAUCCCCACUAAGCUCAUCACUAUCACUGCAACUCCAAAAUGGCAAUGGCGUUCUCAACAUCUUCUCCUCCUUCGCCUCCCAAGACCACUUUCACUUUAACCACUCUUCUUUUCUUCUUGCUCUUCCUUUUUAGCCUUUUUCUCUUCAGCAAACAAGCUCUCGAGCCCUCCAUCUCUCUCUACAGAGAUUUCUUCUCCCAAACCCCUUCUUCCCCUUCUUCUUCUUCUUCUUCUUCUUCUUCUUCGCCUCCUCUAACACGUAGCGGUUCCCGCCUCUCCUUGCCUGAUGACGCCAACCCACCUCUAGAACGAGUUGACUCACCCAUCAACCAACCCCUUUCUCCAAAUCCUCAAAUUCAGCUGAAAGAUUCCCAAACCAUCCCUUCUUCUUCUUCUUCUCCUCCUUCUUCUCUAACACAUAUCGAUUCCCACCUCUCCUUGCCUGAUGACCCCAACCCACCUCCAGAACGAGUUGGCUCGCCGAUCAACAAACCCAUUUCUCCAAAUCCUCAAAUUCAGCUGGAAGAUUCCGAAACCAGCGCCGAGAGCGUCAAUGCCGACCUCCCUGCUGAAGAUGAGGAAAACACGGUUCCCGUUAAUGGAGGCGGAGAGGAAAUGGGUGAUAAAGGAGGAGGUGAUUUGGUUUCGGAGGAAUUGAAGAAAUGUGAUUUGUAUAUGGGAACUUGGGUCAAAGAUGAGGAUUAUCCAAUUUACGAACCCAGUUCCUGCCCUUAUGUUGAUGAAGCUUUUGAUUGCCAAAGCAAUGGAAGGCGUGACUCUGAUUAUCUCAAAUGGCGUUGGAAGCCUGAUGGCUGUGAUCUUCCAAGGUUUAAUGCAACAGACUUCUUGGUGAGGCUACGGGGUAAAAAGCUUAUGCUGGUUGGAGAUUCCAUGAACAGGAAUCAGUUUGAGUCAAUACUAUGCCUUUUGCGUGAAGGCCUUCCCGAUAAGAGCAGAAUGCGUGAGGUUCAUGGUCAUAAAAUAACAAAGGGAAGAGGUUAUUAUGUUUUCAAAUUCCAGGACUAUAAUUGUUCAUUGGUAUUUGUGAGAUCACAUUUCCUUGUGAAGGAAGGAGUUCGUAUUAAUGCACAAGGAAAUUCAAAUCCCACUCUAUCAAUUGAUCAAAUUGACAAGACAUCUGGUCGAUGGAAGCGGGCUGACAUUCUUGUCUUUAAUACUGGCCACUGGUGGGCUCAUGGAAAGACUGCUCGGGGGAAAAAUUACUAUAAAGAGGGGGAUUAUCUCUAUCCAGAGUUUGAUUCAGUUGAGGCCUAUCGAAGGGCUUUAAAGACAUGGGCAAACUGGAUUGAUAAAAAUGUGAAUCCAGCAAAACAGUUGGUCUUCUAUCGUGGAUACUCUUCUGCUCAUUUCAGAGGAGGAGAUUGGGAUUCAGGUGGGUCCUGUAAUGGGGAAACUGAACCAGUCCUUAGUGGUACCAUCUUAAAUAACUAUCCUUUGAAGAUGAAGAUAGUGGAGGAAGUGAUCAAAGAUAUGCAGGUCCCAGUUAUACUAUUGAAUGUGACAAGGUUGACCAAUUUCCGGAAGGAUGGCCACCCAUCAAUCUAUGGCAAGAACAUCACCGCUGGUAAAAAGGUUUCAACAAGACGGCAAGACUGCAGCCAUUGGUGUGUUCCUGGGGUGCCUGAUACAUGGAAUGAGCUUAUCUAUGCCUCUCUGGUAUACCAGCAGACAAAUUCAAAAAUGAAAAUUCAUUGAUUGGUUACACAUAAUUGUUGUUAUACACUUAGCCUGCAGCUUGUAUUUUCGUUUUAUUUGGCCUAAGAUGCAUGUCGAGACAGAAACUUGGCUCUUCCAUUUGCAAAGAAUUUAUAGCAAAUGGUGAGAGAAAUUUUGUAUUGUUUGUUAGUAGAGCUACAAUUCAUGGUGUUUGAACAUUCUGCUGCCUUGAGGUGGUUUUAUAA